AUGAGACGACAAAAACGUGCUCCUGCGAGGAGACCAAAUAAAGUCAGACCGGCUGCUCGAGUUACUACUGUGAAAAACAAGGAGGUAGAUGAUGAAGAGGGUGAGGAAGUGGAAUCGAUACAGCAGCCCGGACUUGCAAACCCUCCAAGAGAUGAACCUUCGAGGGUUGAUGCCAAUAUUUUGUCUCCAGAUAAAAAUGGAAGAAACAGGAAUGUUCUGGGAGUCAUUAUAUACGUGCUCUACAAAUACGUCUGCUGCCCGAAGAAAGAUGAAAAUGCUAUCAACACACUCCUAGGCAGGCCGGGUUAUCACGACGCAAAAACCUUUCAAGAAAUGAUCGAAGUCAAGAAAAAAGAAGAAGAGAGAGCCAUGAAAGAAGCCAUAAAUAGACAAGAUCGGCUAGACAAAGAACUCCUGUUGGAAGAGAUCAAAGCUCAAAAGAUUGAAGAUGUGGGGUUGGAGAUUAAAAAACUUGCUGAAAAAAGACAAAAAGAAAAAAAGAAGACUAAAGAUAGUCUGAAAGUGAAAACAAAUCAGUUAGAGAAAAUGGCAAAACUGCUUGAAGAAGAAAGAAUGCUAGAGAAAAAAAUUGAGUUUAGUAGAAAAAAAAUGAAAAGAAGAAGAAAAAGAAGAGUGAAGAAAAAAGAAAAAGAUAAUUUUUAUAUAGACUGA